AUGGACCGGGUGGUCAAGCUGUCUGUCGAGUUGGCGGUCUGUGUCAUUUGCCCAUUUCCAGGAUCGGGCUCGAUUCGGUGGCCAUUUAUUUCACCAGAGACACGCCUCGUCAAAAUGGUGGAUGUACCUGUGGAUGUUCUGCUUUCAGUGCCGAUGUUUCUGCGAUCCUAUCUACUAUGUCGAUUCAUGGUUUUGCACAGCAAACAAUUCCAG